UAACUGUUAAUUAUUAACUAUUCCUAUUUCACAGAUACAUAUUAUAAAGUAUUAAAACUAGAUUAUUGUGACAUCAUUAUGGAUACUCUCUUUGGGAAUCGACCAAUAAAGUUGUCUGCAUUGUCAGACUUCUCACAACUGUCCACAGAGACAAAGAAACAUCUCAAGAAUGUUUACACUUGCCUGAUGAUCACCAUGGCAAGUGCCGGAGUUGGAGCCUACAUGAAUUUGAAGAUGCAGUUCGGCCAGGGAGGACUCUUGACUGCACUAGUGUCCAUAGGCCUGAUGAUCUGGCUGGCAACGACUGCGCACAACAAAGAAAACCAAAUGAAGAGACUUGCAAUAUUGUCUGCAUUCGGCUUCACAACCGGUAUUGGACUAGGACCCCUGAUCAACUUGACAAUCCAAAUUAACCCACAGAUUGUGGUCACUGCAUUUAUGACAACUUCGGUUAUUUUUGCCUGCUUCACUCUCGCUGCCUUGUAUGCACAAAGAAGAUCUCUGCUUUAUCUGGGAGGUAUCUGUGGUAGUGGAUUGACAAUGCUUCUCUUUGCCUCUCUUCUGAACAUCUUUGUUGGAUCGACUCUCCUCUUCCAGGCAAACUUGUACAUCGGAAUUGCGAUUUUCUCCGGAUUUAUUCUUUACGACACCCAACUUAUCGUUGAGAAACACGUCAAUGGCGAUAAUGACUACAUCUGGCACUCUGUCGAUCUCUUCUUGGACUUCAUCAACCUCUUCCGUCGCAUCAUGAUUCUUCUGGCAAGCAACGAGAACAAGAAUAAGAGGAAAGAUUAGAGCGAGAUGAUUAGGGACAUACUAAAAACCAAGCAAAACUUUUCUAUGUAUUUCUCAGACAACAAUUUUAUUGGGUUUCUUUUUUGAAUAGACUUUGAUUUUGAUGAUAUUUAGGAAAUAAUUUUCUUUUAUGAAGAUGCUUAAACAUUUAUUAAAUGUAUUUAGGACUUAUUUUUUGAAUAGAAUUUAAUUUUGAUGAUAUUUAUGGAAAAAAUUUUCAUGUAUGAAGAUGCUUAAGCAUUUUCAAAUUUUUAUAGGAUUUCUUUUUUGGAUAAAAUAAAAAAGUGAUGGUAUUUAGGGAAAACUGUUCUUAAGGGGGAAUUUGAAUAAAAUUGAAUAUUGAAGAUUUUCAGAAAUUUUUUUUUAUGUAUGAAGAUGCUCUAAGCAUUUUUCAAAUGUUUAUAGUUUUUUUAUUUUUCAAUUUGUCAUUUUUAUGAUGAAAUUAUCAAGGGAAUCAUCCCAAAUGAGCGAAACUUAUAAACCUGUUUUGAGAAAAUGGAAAACACAAAUUUUUGAUUUUCAAAUUGCUGUAACUCCUUAAUUAAAAUACUUUUAGCUCAGAGACCAUUUUUUUGUAACAUUUUGACAGUCGCCACUGCGUCUUGACACCCUUGAUUGUCCAUAAAGUUGUCCAUAAAGUCUUAGAUUUUUUGUUAUCAUAUAUGGUUUUGGCCCUCACAGAUGUAUUAAAUGAAGUAAAAAUACUUGAACAAUUACUGAUUAAAAACAACAAACCUGGUUAAAAUAUGUUGAGAACUGAUUUUGUAACAAAAUCAAAAUUAUAAAAGGACUUUAUGGACACCCUGUAUAUCAUAUAUUUAAUGGUGUAACGAUGGUAUUUUCUGAUUUUAUUUGAAACCUCAGAAAUUUUAUGCUUGUUUGAUUACCGGCUUAAAUUUAUGUUAGACCCCUAUGGUCUGUGAUGACUGUACAGGGCGUCCGCAAAAAUAUGGAAAAAGUCUGAAACGUAUACCAAUUGUCCAUAAUCUUAUCAAUUGCUGUUAGCCUGCCAGUAUUCAACAUUAGUAUGUAUUGAUUCAGACUUUCUGUGAGUUUUAUUUCAUCAAAAGAAACAUUAUCUCGUUGGUUAGACACAUAAAUUGAUACGACGUAGGAUGGGAGUCUGUCGAAAAUAAGAUUCACAAAGAGGGUCCUCGGCUCAAAAAAUUUGGGAAUCUCUGUGUCAGAUGUUAAUAAUAUUACACUUGAACUAUUUUUUACUAUUGCUUGGUUUUUAGUUUGUCCAUUUAGUGUGCUCCACAUCUUGUACAUAUAUCAUAAUAAGACUUUUAUUAGAAGAGCUUAAAUAAAAUAAACUUUUUUUCUGACAGUUAUAAUUGUUUAAAAGAAUUAAUUUUUAGUAGGGAUGGCUGGCUUUAAACUCAAACUUUUUUUGUGUCGAUUUUUAUCAAAAUUGUUGGAAUAGAAAUACAUUCUGGUACCUUAUUUGGUGAACGUGUUCUUAGCGUGUUUUUGGAUAGGUUCUAACAGACUAAUAUCGUUUUGAAGGCUUUGUAAUCCAUAAAAUGGCUGUUGCUAUCCGCACAUAUAGGGAAAUAAAUUUAACACAUUUUAUUAGUGCAACUUCCGGCAGACCCUGCUUCGAGAUUUGAUGUAGACAAAAGAAAUGUAAAUAUCCAAAAUAAGCGGAAUCAAAUUUAACAAAUAAUUUCAUUUUGAAUUAGCUUCACGCCCCCUCAAAAAUUUGUCCACGCCCCCUUUUGGCGCCCAACCACUGAUGUAAAACUUGUUAUGUCAUUUUAUCACCCAUAACAUGAAAUUUAUAGAACUAUCUUUGCUUUUUGGAUACAUCUGAUUGUAUUUAGAUAUUUGUAUUAAGAUUUGAGAUUAUUCUAAUAAUUGGAUUUUUAUUUUAUGUUGAUUAAUAUAGCCAGGGAUGCCGAAAUUGAAUUUAAUAGCCAGACGCACUCAGUACAUUUUCUGGUGCUCCCGAAGUAUUCGUACCAAGAUGGCGCACAACCUGAACAUAGUAUGUGUACCAGGUUAGGGUUGUUCACGUUGUGCGUCAUCUUGGUAUGAAUACUUCCGGAGCGCCCGUUUUCUUCAAUUUUGGAAUUUUUUUUCCAAAGAUUUGACAUCCAGCAUUCGACCAGAAUACAUUCUAAAAAAUUGCUGAUGGUAAAGAAAAAUUUUGAUAUUUUUUGUGCUCUUCCGAAUUCAUCUCCAUGAAGAUAUAUUAUUUCAUUGCAAGCCCAUGCAUUUGGAAAAAAAACCUGGCUAACUAGUUCUAUGCCCAACAUGAAACGGUAGCCAGACAAGAUACCGUGGUUCGCCAUAUUGACCAUAUGGCCGCCUUAUCAGCUUUCCUUUCCUCUGGGAUAAAUAUGAACAUCAGCCAAUUUGAGAUAUAUUUGAUAAAAUCGAAUUGUGUUUUUGGAAUGUAUUCGGAAUAAUGGAGUUUUAUCUUGACCGUCCCUGGAUUAUAAAGCUAUGAUAGUUAAUCCCAUAUUGUGCAAAUAAUGCCUUUAAAAACCACAAAUUACCAAGUCAAAAUUCUGGGAUUUGUUGAUUUUAUGUUUUUUGAAAGCUGUCUUAUUAUUUCUCCCUCAAUUAUCAAAAUUCAGAGAUUCUAGGAUUUUAUGAUAUUUAAUAGCCAUGUUAUCAACUUUCCUCUCUCAUGAAAAACCACCAAUAAGCUAACUUUGAACAUUUAGCCCAAAAUAGUUUAUUUAACAAAAAAAUUUUUGAAUCGUUUGGGAAAAAUAAUUUUGCUUAGUUUUGAAUCGCCAUUAAUUAGAAAUUGAUUUUAUAUUAAUUCUUGGUGAGCUUGGGGUGUCUUUGCUUAGCGAUAAAAUAUAAAUAGUGAUAUAA